ACAAACAAUCAGUCCAAUAGUUUAGUCUAUUUGCUAAAUUCGUUAAGUAAACUUUGGACACAGAAACACAGUAAACAUGAAAUACUUGUUGGUUUUGUUGGCUUUAAUGCCCUUGGCUUUGGCAGCUGAAUAUCAAGAAAUAGCUGAAGCCAAACAACGCUCCAUUUCCAGCCAAGUGGUUGAUGCCAUUGAAGCUGCCAAGGAACAAAUGCCCUGUGGUUUCCCUGGAUUGGGUAUACCUCCAUUGGCUCCCUUAAAAAUUGCCCACCAGGAAAUCGAAAUUGACAUUCCAGCCAUUCAGGCUUUUGGUGAAAUCAAUAAUUUCCGUUUGGAUGGUUUGAACGAUUUCGAUAUUGUUGAGUUCAAAGUCAGUCCCAUUUUCAGCCGUGUCAAUUUCAAAUUCAACUGGAAUCAUGUCUACUUCAAUACCGACUAUCAAAUGUCUUCGGCUAGAGGUAAUAUGGGUUUGAAAAGAUCUGGCCCCGCUAAAUUUGCUUUGAAAGAUUUCACUGUUUGGGGUGUGAUUAAAUACAAUUUGGGUUUGAUUAGCGGCAAUUUGAGUUUGAAGGAGUUGAGUGUGUAUGUGUCGUUGGGUGAAGUGAAAUCGGAAAUUGGUGGUUUAUCCAAAAUUCCCAUUAUCAACAGGAAAUUGAAUCGUAUUAUUGAGGAAUGGUUCAUGAUUACGGUGAAUGAUAAUACCAACAAGGUGGCUGAAUUGACUAAUAGCAUGGUGGUGCCGAUUGUCAAUGAUAUGUUGAGUGAUAUGAGUCUUGGCGAUCUUUUGGGUAUGAUUGGUGGUGGUGGCAGUGGAGAAGGUGAACCAGCUGAAAAGGUGCCCUGUGUGCCACCACAGGAUGCCGAUUUUAUGAAAUAUUUUUACUAAGUAAGAAAAUAAAUAAAGUGAUUGUAAAAUUAAAUAAAGUUAAGCCCUCUA